CGCCACCACAGUGUCCAGUGUGCUCUCGGGUUUUAUACAUCCGCUCUUGCUUCUGUUCGUCAUCAGCGCCCGCAAGCCACUGAGGACAUCCUCCCUCGGCCUCACCGUUGCGGACCAUGAGGAUCGUACUAAAAUCUAAGAAGGUCAUCCCUCCACCCCCGCAAGUUUCCCAGCUCAUCAAUAAAUUGCUGGACACGCCCGAUGAUGAUGUGCACGAAGUGCUCAGUCAGAUUGACUACUGGAAAUGGCCGCGAUCCGACUUGAAUGCUUGGACCAAGGUCCUCAAUAAGUUCGAUGCACUACUGGAGGACGCCAUCCGGGACUAUGACAUCGACAAACUGCAAGUGAAUGUAUUCACUCCGCUCACGAAGAAAACCGUGUGCGAGAUUCUGCGAUUCGAGCGCCUGCUGCUCGAAAACUCGACCAACAGGAAGACGUUCAAUUCUUAUGAUCGAUUGAACAGUCUGAUGUUCACAUCUGACCUCGACGUCCUUAUCCUCGCGUUGAACCUUCUCUUGCGCCCGGCUCAGCAGUAUUCCGCUCAGCCAGCGGUGCUUCACGCCCUCAGCAUCUCCACUCCCCGCCUCACAUCUCUUGCCAAGCGUUGGCCUAACCUGCGCGAAUACGACGUCAAUCUGCCGGACCUUGUGUCUGACAAGGGGAAGACACAAAUAGAGGCUUUGCCCAAUGAGGCGCGCGAGGUUAAUUUCACCUUCUACAGGCACGAUGUCCCAAGCAGUGUGCCACAUAAAGAGAAGGAGAAGUCUGCGGAGAGUCAUGCACCCCAGCAGAACGUUGCUCAGACUCCUACUCGCCGGACAGGCACGUCCUCUUCCGCCACUGCUUCGGCUCCAGUGAUCUCUUCCGGAGCCGUCAAUAUUCACAUCUCCAUCAAAACAAUCGAAGCCAAGGAGCCCAUGCAUAUUCUUGCCGACAUCAUCGAGGCUUAUUCUGUUCCUGACAGUGAGAAGUUUGAACUACUGUGUCGCAUUCGGGCGGCCCGAGCCCUCACUGCCGCGCAUGCGGUUGAUCGCGAGAAGCUGGUGAUAGUCCGCCUACUUGCAACCGCCAUCUUUGGACACACGCAUCCCGAAAAUCAGGCACAAUCGUCGCUCUUCCUAUAUGAGGCAGAGCUCAUCACUCACAUUGCCGAGCUCCUGCAGCUGGAUGAUUCCGUCGAUGUUCAGGUGCAGACUGCCGCCAUCGCAGCCCUUGAUGCUCUCGCGCGGUAUAGAAGCAAGGUCCAGGAUGUCUUGACUGCCGUCAACGCAGGCGUGAACCAUGGGAUCCUCAUGUCGCUUAUGCGUAGGACUGUUGCAGAGGUUGCGCAGCCCAGCUCUGCUCUUCCGCAAUCGUUUGUCGAGUCCUUGCUGUCAUUCGUAACAUACAUCGCAACGCAUGCAUCGGGAGGAAAUAUGGUAGUCGGAGCGGGCCUCAUCCCCAUCCUCAUCCAAAUCAUCGAGAACAGACUGCCGAACCGCUUGUACGUUGUCUCGAAGACUAUGCAGCUGGUCGACAACGUUCUGUACGGGUUCAACAACGCAUUCCAACUUUUCUGCAAUGCUCGUGGUGUGGAGGUCUUGGUGGACAGGAUUGAAUAUGAGGUGGAUCUGGACUUGGAAGAGCACGCCGUGAAUGAGCCUUUGAGCGAUAUCUCGGCUUCCUAUGGAAAGCUAUCCGUCGCUCAAGCCGCCGUUCUCAAGCAUACAUUGCGCUCGAUGCAUCGUAUGAUGCAAUCGUCAGGCACGACGGAGGGGCUGCGUGGCUUGCUCGAUUCGUCGCUUCUAAAAUCCGUGAAGAAGAUCAUGCAGAACCGCUCUAUCUUCGGUCCAAGUGUGCUCCCUAUCGCAAUCAAUAUCAUGGCGACAUUUGUGCAUAACGAGCCAACGUGCCUUCCUGUGGUACAGGAGGCAGGCUUACCUGAGGCGUUCUAUUGCGUCGUCGAAUCGGGGCUCGAGCCCGUCAUCGAAGUGAUACAAGCUGUGCCCAACGCCAUCGGCGCCCUGUGCUUGAACCAAGCAGGUCAAGACCAGCUCGCUGCUCGGCCAAACAUCAUUCCUGGUCUCUUCUCCAUUUUCACCUCCGAACGCCAUCAGCGAGUGUUGCAAGAGAAGGAGAACUCUGUAUUGAUAGGAACCGCAAUUGAGGAGCUCAUCCGGCACCAUCCAUCGCUGAAGCAGUCAGUAUUCAAUGCGAUCAAAGCAACCAUGGAUAAGAUCUACGAGCUCGGCAUGAAGUAUGUUCCAACAGAUGAUGUACGGCGGUGGUAUGUGCUCCAGCCAUCCACAUCCUCCUCUGCAACGUCGGGCAUGUCCGACGCGGAUGUGACGAUGAUGCCUGUUGAAGAUGAAGGGUCUCAGCAAGUCGGCGCGCCUGCGCUUGACGGUGAAGCAGCCAUUGAGUCCGGCGCGUCGGGUCGCGAUGAUCCUUUGACAAGGUCGCAUGACAACGUGACUGUCUCGUUCAUCGACGUUCUGUGCAAGUUCCUGGAAGGUUUCUUUCAGCAUAUCCCACAUUGCAGGGACUUCCUUGCUGACCAGGAGGCUUUGGACCGUUUGGGAAAGCUGACAACGCUGCCAUGCCUCCCUUACGAUUUCGCGAAUAGUGUGGCAUCUGAUUCUAUCGUGCAGGUGGUUCGUACGAUGGCCGAGGCCGAGACUAGCGAAACCAUCGCGUUUCUUGUGCGUCUUGUCCAUGAAUCGCUCGAAGGAACAAAAGAAUUCUGGUCGUCGAUGCAAGAAGAGUCCCAGCUAUUGGCUCUCGUCGACGUAACUGACUCUGCGGAAGAAGUGACCCGUGCCAACCUACGGCUGCGACAACUCAUCACUCUUCAUAUCAGAACGUCUCUUCUCUCCGACAUCUAUGCUACAGCAGGUUAUUCGCAUGGCAGGGCAGCAAGCGCCCUCCUGCAAUCGCUUACGGGGCCAUCGGCACGUGAUAUUCUCUCUCAGCUGGGCACCCUGCACAGAGCGUGCAUUUGGGAGAACGUGGUUUUCAAGGCUGCUUUGAUUUCACAAGGCCUGGACAGCGCUCCCAGCAGUGAAAUCACCGUGUCUGGAUCACAGACGCCGAUUUCAGAGAUCCCGACAGCACCCUCGACAUUACGUCAAUUGGAACGCACGACUAUCACUGGCGGUGCUAGCAACGGGGUGCAAGGAGCAACAUCGACGGCAGCUCCUGGGAGGCCAGAGCCCGUGAAGGUGGAGGGGUCGAGGCAACAAAAUGCGCAGGCACUGAAGCAUGUCGCUAGCCAGAUUCCAAGUGCCUUGGCACCUUUUUUCCAAGCCGUAGUGAGGCUUUUCCAGACGCGACGUACCGCCGACAAUGUCCAGAAACAGAAGAUCCAGGAAACCGCCGCGAUACUCGCUGAUAUCCUGGUGAGUCACCUCGAGCAGAAGCCAUUCGUGGACAAGUUAUCUCUGCUUGCGUAUUAUACGGUUAUGCUGGGCCUUGCCACUAUCCUCCUAGUUGACGAGCGAACUACUCAAAAGACGUUAUAUACCGUGCUUCUUGCUUCAUUCAGUCAAAGAGGAGGCAUUGAUGCGAUACUCGGACUGUGCCGCGCGUUCGUCAUCACGAUCCAGACAGUCACGCAAGUCGCUCCUGAGGAGCGCUCGGACGCGGCAAAACAAGAGUUGGUGCACGCCUAUGGCGGCUUGAAGGUCGCACUGCACCUCCUCCAUCCCAUCAUCUCUGCAAAACCUCUGUUUGAGUCGGCACAGACCUCUCUCCUGCUGCUGUCCGAGAAGAAGGAGAACGAUCCGGACUACUUCGAGCCUCAUAACUUCCUGGUGAGGAUGAGGGCAUCAGUAAUUCCGCUUUUGUGCGAGCUGUGGGAAGCUUCUUGGCUUGCUUCUGCCCCUCUCGGUGUCAGCAAGUCCGUCGUGCAUAUCGUCAUGGAGAUGCUCAACGCGGAGGGAGAGGAGAGCAAGGAACCCAAUGUUGGUCCGUCGACACUGAUGAGCGGCGGAUUCACUAUUGCUCGAGCGGCAGGACCCGAUGAAACUCGAAUACGUCAGUUGGUCGAGAUGGGCUUCCCUAGGUCGGCGGCUGAGAGAGCUCUGACUCGGACGAGGAACAAUCUUACUGCGGCUACCGAUCUCCUCCUAGCAGCACCGUUCCCGUAUCCCCCUGAUCCAGAGCCCAAUGCGCCAGCUGCAGCUCCUGAGCCACCCACAGAUGAUCAGGUGAUGGCUGUCGAGGAACCCCAAGCUGCCGAUACUGGGUCAAAUGCAGAGCCUUCCGCGCCAGCUGUCGAGGCAGAUAUUGAUAGCUCGUUAUCCGAGGUUGUCGACGCUCCCAUCAAAACUGCUGAAGAAUGGCUUAAUGAACUCAAUGUAGCUCGAGAAUCCUUGAAGAAGGGGCUUGGUAAACAUGCGUUAAGGCUCGUCGACGAGCAUUCUUCCCUCGUCUUUGAUGUGCAGAAGGUGUUCGUGGGGUCACCGAACGAGUACCGAGAACAAGCUGUCAAUGACCUCAUAGCUGACAUUAAAGCAUUCUCUCCUUCUGCGUAUGACAUCCACGAACAGCCGAUGGCCGCAAGAUGUCGUCUCCUCGCCCUCGUCCUGCAUGAUCCCUCAUCAAGUCUGUCACAAUCACUGGAAAAAGACGUCAAUCAAUUGAUGGACAUCCUGCUCGCGCUGCUACUCUCCAAUCCAACCAAUGCAGAGAGCGGUCAUCCAGCCCUUCCCAAGUGGCUGGCAGCUUAUUUGCUUAUCAUGGAAUCUUUGUUACUUAUGGGCGAGGAGCCUCGCAGUAUUCAAUUGCCGAAGGAGGACGAUCCCAUCAAUCAAGAGCCGCUCACUGUUGGUCGACAUUAUCCAGAGGCACGGACUCUCUUGUUUGACUUCUGUCUACGACUCCUCGCCAUUCCUAGCUUACCCAAAGAUGAAUUGCUCUCAGUUCUCAGGCUGUUCGUUCUCUUGACGCAGGAACAUCGCAUGGCAGAGGAAUUUAUGCGGCGAGAUGGGAUCACGAUGUUAUUCCAGUACAUGAAGGUCUCCGCAAGCACAUCCAGUGCGACGGGUAUCCAAUCCCAUAUCGCGAUGAUACUACGCCAUAUUGCCGAGGACGCGUCUACGCUGCAAAACAUCAUGCGACAGGAAGUCAGGCGGUUCUUCUCGCAUCCUCGCAAUCACUCGGUCGAGGUGGGAAGUUAUGUGAUAGGCUGCAAUGCUUUAGCACUCCGCGAUCCUGCUUCGUUCGUUCAGGUCACUCAGGAAAUAUGCCAGCUCUCCCGUCCAUUCUCUGGUAUGAAGAGCGUCAGUCUCAAAGAGGAGGCGAAGACACGAAAUGGUGGCUCCACGGCUCGCACAGACAGCAAAGGCUCAGAAAUGCAAGUCGACGAGUCCGUUUCCCACAAUACUCGCGCACCGUCGGAGCCUUUGGAGACACUCGUACACUUCCUAAUCGGGGAGCUGAUCAAAUCUGUCAAGGAUGAGCAGGCGGGAGAGACAUCAGGUGGGGAGCAAUCCGAGCCCCGUACAACGGAGGGCGCGGGAGCGGCCAGCAGCUCUUCUCCAAUGGCCUCCAGCAUUGAAGUGGACCAAUCAGAGCGACAGCGGCCUGAUGAUCGUGAAGACUAUGUCUAUUCCUGCUUCCUGAUGCAAUGCCUUACUGAGUUGCUGUUUUCUUAUGAUUCUUGCAAGUUGGCAUUCUUGUCCUAUUCGCCAAAGAAACGCGCCCAAAUCUCUGCGAAGGAGAAUGGUCUUAGGCAUAAACCUGCUGCCAUUCACUUCCUGCUAACAGAGGUCAUGUCUUUUGGCACGAUCAAUCCGCAGCCUCCGGCCGACGCUAGAAAGAGGAUAAUGCUCUGCAAUUGGGCUAUGUCUGUGAUUGUUGCUCUCUGUGUCGAUAUCUCCUCAACGCAAGAUUUCAAGGAUGUUCCUUCCGACUUGGUUUCUGUGCGCAAGUUCGUCCUUGAAGCCAUCAGCCGCACGAUCAAGGACGUUCCGUCAUCGGAGAACCCAGAAACACGAUACAGCCGCCUUCUUGCUCUCGCCGAUCUAUGCUAUCGGCUGCUGACAGUGCGCUUCAACACAAACCCUCGGAAAGCGAACGAAGAGAUUCCCACACAUAUCGCUAAGAUCAUGCUGGAGAAAAACUUUGUCGCCACACUCACAAAUGCCCUUGCUGAGGUGGAUUUGAAUUAUCCAAACAUCCGAGGCGUUGUCACGGCGAUUUUGCGCCCUAUUGAGUACCUGUCAAAGAUCGCAAUCAAGAUGAGCCGUGUUUCGGAGAAAACGAAGGACAUUUUGGAUGAAAAGAUGAACGACAUAGAAUCUGUCAUAUCCGAGGAAGAGGAGGAGGAAGAGGAGGAGGAAGAGACGAGCGAGCAUGGGGGCGAAGAGACUCCCGACCUGUACCGCAAUUCUGCACUUGGCUUAUUUGGCGGCGAGAUGGAAGACGUGAAUUACGGGCCAGAGGGAGUGAUGGACGAAGACGUUGAUGAAGAUGAGAACGAUGUAGAGAUGGAUUUCGGCGAUGAAACGGGAAGUGAGGAUACUUCAGCCACGGAAGAAGAUAUCGAGAAUGAUCUGGAUGAUGAUCUCGAGAAUGAAAGCGGCGAAUCUGAGGAAGGGUGGCAAGAUGAAGAAGGAGAGGAAAGCGAGGAUCUCGUAGAGAACAACGAAGGCGAUAUCGAUGAGGAAGGCGAUGAAGAGGAAGAAGACGAGGGAGAGGAGGUUCUCUGGCAGGACAUUGCUGCAGGCAAUGACGGCGCCGGCGGAGCUGAGGAAGAGGCUGAUGAAGAUGAAGAGAUUGGUGCAGAAUCUGUGCCCAUCAUGCAUAUGGAUAUGGAUGAAGAAGCGGAAAUGGCAUCGGAAGAAGACGAAUUCGGAGAAGGUAUCGCAGAUCAAGUGCCUACUGGGAGUAACAUAUUCGAGCUGGCAGCUGGGUUUGCUAACCCCUUGAGCGGAGGAGUGGUGAACACAAUGGGAAGAGCAGCGCAACCUCUCUUCUGGGCUGGAUCCAUGCGUCAUGGACGUCGCCGCCACUUAGUGGAUGACGACCUGGAAAUUUUCGGACGACCUCGACCGACCAGCGGAUCGGCCCCAGAGACACUUACUCAUCCGCUGCUUGUCGAUCCUGCCUCUACAUCGACGCGCAGCUCGGUCGGGCAUGCGCGAAAUGCUCGACGCCUCCAGAGGAAUCUCAUGUUCGGUGGUCAACCUCACGAUUUGCUGCAGACUAUUGAAGACGCAAUCGGCGAAGACGCUGUCCAAUUCUUCCAGCAUCUCAUGUCUCAUGGGCGUGGUGGUGCUGGAGAAACGAUUCGGAUUGAUGUCCCAACUGGCCCACUGGGUGCUGCUCUUCAACGUAAUGGUCGCGGAACCAUAUCUGCCUCGAUACGACUUGAGAGGGCACCUCGACCAGGAGAGGCACGCUUGGAUGGUCGCAAUCUCGAACCCUUGCUCACCGUGCAGCGUUGGUUGGAAGAGGUGAAGAUGCUUCAUGGUAAAUUCGAGCAGAGCAGACUUUCGAAAUUGAGCAACCAUGUUGCCCUAGCCCUGCUACCUGCCGCGGUCAAAGCCAUAAACCAAGCAAAACUCGCAGAAGAAGCUCGCCAAAGGGAAGAACGAAUAAGAGCAGAGCAGGCAGCGCUGGAGGAGAAGGAGGCAGCCGAAAGGGCCAGGUUGGAAGAAGAGGCAGCAAAUCAGCAAGCCAAUGCGCCUGUUGCAGCGGAAGGUGGGGAUGGGGUCUCACAAGCAGUUCGAGAAGAUGCAGACACGGAAAUGAUAGACGUCUCUGGGCCUCCUGAUACGGCGGAACCUCGUCUCCCCGUCGAUAGCGCCUCCGAGACGACGAAUGAAGGAGUGGCUGAAGGAAGCUCGGCAGCUGCCGAACGCGUCACCGUCAUGAUUCACGGCAAUCCAGUCGAUAUAACGGACACCGGCAUCGACCCAACGUUCUUGGAAGCUCUGCCAGAUGACAUGCGGGAAGAGGUGAUCAACCAGCACGUCCGUGAUCAGCGCGCAGCUCGAGUCGAACGUCCUGCAGACUCUCAGAUCAGCCCAGAAUUCCUAGACGCUCUCCCUCCUGAGAUCCGCGCUGAGAUCCUUCAGCAGGAGAGUGUCGAGCGCGCUCGGCAAAGGCUGGAAAAUGCCACCCAAGGGGGAGAGGGUGUUCCAGCUGAUAUAGACCCGGCCAGUUUCUUGGCCACUCUCGACCCUCAGUUGCGUCAACUCGUCUUGAUGGAUUCCGGCGAUGCCUUCAUACAAAGUCUACCUUCCCAACUACUUGCUGAGGCUGGGAUCCAGCGAGAGAACCUGCUGCGAACAUCGCGACCUCACGCAGCAGCUCGUAACGAUAGCAAUGUUACCUCACCGCCUCAGCAAGGCCAGAAGAUGGUGGUGUCCCGCGAUGCCAUACAAUUACUGGACAAGGCCUCCAUUGCGACCCUUGUGCGCCUUCUCUUCUUCCCGAACACAUUGAAGAAGAACCUACUCUACAAAGUGCUAGUCAACCUCUGCGAGAACUCGAAGACCCGUACGGACCUCUUUAAUUUGCUCCUCAAUAUUCUUCAAGAUGGCUCAGGUGAUCUUGCGUCCAUCGACAAGAGUUUUGCGCAGAUGUCGUUCCGCACCCCCAAGCAACCUAAUCAACAGACGCCGAAAGCAGUGGGGAAACAACGGAUUCCAUCUGACUACUUUGGAAGUCUUGUGUUGCCCCAAACUGACUUAGUUCCUGAGCUCGUUGUACAGCGUUGUCUAGAGGCAUUGACCUAUAUCGUCAGCGCGAAUGAGUUGUCGUCCUUGUUCUUCCUCACAGAGCACGAACUACCCAUAGGGCUCAGGCGUAAUGCAUCAAAGAAGGGGAAGGGCAAGGAGAAGCAAGUAUCGCAGAGUCAUUACCCGGUGGUCUUACUCCUGAGCUUGCUGGAUCGGCCAUCCAUUUUGAAGACGCCCUCCAUCGUGGAGUCUGUUGUGACAUUACUGGCAACGGUGACGCGCCCGCUUGCAAGUCUGAAGGAUUUCAGCAAGAAAACAGCUGGUGACAUGGCAAAUGUCACUGCUGAGACAUCUAACGAGCAACCCGCCCAAGGUACAUCUGAAGCGCCCGCUGCACCUCCUGCAGAGUCUUCUGCACCACCUGAAGGCACCCAAAAUGACGCGGGUCAAGCAAAACCAGCCCGUCCUGAGGAGAAAGUCCUGUUGACUCAACCGCCUGUCAUCCCGCACACAGUCAUGCGCUUCAUCGUGAACAUUCUGACCGCAGGGGAGUGCUCUGGACGGACAUUCUCUCAGAGUCUGGCACUCAUUCAGCACCUAUCCUUUGUGCCCGACGCGAGGGACGUGAUUGCUAAUGAAUUGCGUUCGAGAGCGCAGGAGUUCGGCCACAGCCUCUACACUGCCUUAGAUGAGCUUGCCACAGCACUUCGCGAAUCUCAGGGAGAUGUUCUAGCAGGUUCAAUCACCUCAAAAUUCUCGCCAGCUUCGUCCGAUCAAGCAAAGCUGCUCCGCGUGCUCAAAACUAUUGACUACAUGUAUUCGCCGAAAGCAACCCCGUUGAGCACAGCCAGUGACGCAGACGUCGAGAAAGUCCAGGCGAUCUACGAGUCGUUCAAGUUCGCGCCUCUAUGGCAGCGACUAGGAGACUGUCUUGCCAUCAUCGAGGAGAAGCCAGAAAUGGAGCACAUCGCGACUGUCCUGCUGCCUCUGAUCGAAUCACUGAUGGUAGUGUGCAAGUACGUGGGUGCAAAAGCUACGAAUGGCGGCACUGCACGCCUAUUGCGCGCCUCUGUUUCUCCGAGAUCACCUACAACGACACGCGAGUCAAUGGAGGACCUCUUCGUCUCGUUCACCGAUGCUCAUCGCAAGGUCCUGAACCUCAUGGUCCGAAACAACCCAUCAUUGAUGAGCGGGUCCUUCUCCUUGCUGGUCAACAAUCCUCGCGUCUUGGACUUCGACAACAAGCGGAAUUACUUCAACCAGCAACUGCACCGGCGCCCCCACUCACGCGAGCACCAUGGUACUCUGCAGUUGAACGUCCGGCGGCCGCGCGUUUUUGAGGAUAGCUUCCAAUAUUUGCAGAGGAAAACUGGAGAACAGAUCAAGUAUGGCAAGCUCAGCGUGCGCUUUUACGACGAGGAGGGUGUCGAUGCUGGCGGAGUGACUCGAGAAUGGUUCCAGAUCCUCGCCCGACAGAUGUUUGAUCCCAAUUAUGCGCUUUUCCAGCCUUGCGCGGCGGACAGGCUCACCUACCAGCCCAACAAGGCUUCGUGGGUCAACCCCGAGCAUCUAUCAUUCUUCAAGUUUGUCGGACGCGUCAUCGGCAAGGCGAUCUACGACGGCCGGCUGCUCGAUGCGUACUUCGCCCGCAGUCUGUACAGGCAGAUCCUUGGAAAGCCCGUGGAUUACAAGGAUGUCGAGUGGGUCGAUCCAGAGUACUACAAUUCGCUGUGCUGGAUCCUCGAUAAUGAUCCGAGCGCGUUGGAGCUGACCUUCAGUGUCGAGGCGGAUGAGUUCGGUGUCAUGAAAAUCGUCGACUUGAAGGAGAAUGGUCGUACCAUACCUGUCACGCAGGAGAACAAGCGCGAGUUCGUCCAGCUGUCUGCUCAAUAUCGGCUGUACUCGUCGAUCAAGGAACAGAUCGAGGCACUGCUCGCCGGGUUCUAUGAGAUCAUUCCCAAAGACCUCAUCUCGAUCUUCAAUGAGCAAGAGUUGGAGCUACUGAUCUCCGGAACACCUGACAUCGACGUCGACGAAUGGCGCGCGGCCACUGAGUACAACGGAUACACAAGCUCUGACCCUGUCAUUGUAUGGUGGUGGCGUGCGUUGAAGUCGUUCAACCGGGAAGAGCGGGCCAAGGUCCUCAGCUUUGCCACGGGUACCUCUCGAGUACCCCUUGGGGGUUUCACAGAAUUGCAGGGCGUCCAGGGCGUUCAGAGAUUCUCCAUCCACCGCGCGUACGGCGACACGGACAGGCUACCGCAAGCACAUACAUGUUUCAACCAGAUCGAUCUACCGCAAUACUCGUCGUAUGAGAUGCUCCGCCAGCAGCUGCUGCUCGCGAUCAUUGAAGGCGCAGAGGGGUUCGGUUUCGCAUGACACAUCUGCUUAUUGCAGUUACGGAAGGACGCGGCACGGCAUUUGUAGAAACAACGACAUACAUCAUGUACAUUACGAUACAUUACACUUCAUUUUACUGCGCAUGAACGAUUUUGGCCACGCGGUUCGAGAACUUGGCUCGGAG